AUGGGAAAUGAAUCUGAAUCUUCUGAAUUUCACUCUUCAAUUUCAAAAACAAAUGAUAUUAUUCUGGGAGUUGUGUACUCUGUGUUUGGACUUCUCUCCCUGAUGGGAAACUCCAUGCUGCUACUGGUUGCUUACCGGAAACGCUCAAUACUUAAACUGGCUGAAUUCUUCAUUGUGAACUUGGCUGUCAGUGACCUCGGCAUGACAGGAACACUGUUCCCCCUGGCUAUCCCCUCACUGUUUGCUCAUAGGUGGCUGUUUGAUAGAGUGACGUGUAAAUACUACGCUUUUUGUGGAGUUCUGUUUGGUCUUUGCAGCUUAACUAAUCUCACAGUAUUGAGCUCUGUCUGUUGUAUGAAAGUGUGUUACCCAUCUUAUGGAAAUAAGUUUUCUUCAUCCCAUUCCCGCAUCUUGCUGCUUUGUGUCUGGGCCUAUGCCUCUGUGUUUGCUGCGGCCCCACUGGCCGGCUGGGGAAGUUAUGGACCGGAGCCAUAUGGUACAGCCUGCUGUAUAGACUGGAAAGCCUCCAACCAAGAGCACACAGCCAUUACCUAUAUUGUUUCUUUGUUCGUCUUCUGUUAUAUCAUUCCCUGCAUAUUAAUAAUGAUCUCCUACACCUUCAUACUCCUCACCGUGAUGGGGUCAAGAAAAGCAGUGCAGCAACACCUGUCCCCGCAGAACAAAGGAAGCAGCAUCCACAGUCUCAUCAUAAAGCUCAGUGUCGCAGUCUGUAUUGGAUUUCUCUUGGCAUGGACACCAUAUGCUGUUGUUGCUAUGUGGGCAACAUUUGGGGAUGCUAGAAGUGUGCCACCAUUGGCAUUUGCCCUUGCAGCUGUGUUUGCAAAAUCAUCUACUCUCUACAACCCAAUGGUGUAUCUUCUGCUGAAACCUAACUUUCUGAAUGUUGUAAUCAAAGACUUGUCUGUGUUUCAGACCGUGUGCGCGGUGACAUGCGGAACAUGCAAGACCCCUGCAAAGAGAGACCAGUGUAUACACAGGGAUGUUAGGAGUUCAAAAAAACUUGCAACCCCUUUUAUGGAGAAUUAUGGCACAAGCCAGAGCUGUGUGGAUGCUUUUGAGUGUUUCAGUAAUUACCAACAAUGCUGUCAUUUGGAACAAACGGAUGUCAGACAGCCAAUAGGCUUAUCUUUGGUCAAGACUCAAACUGGCAGUGAUGCAUCACCAUCCUCUGUGCAUCUUGUGGUACAUUCCUCGACAUCUAGAUCCAUGAUUGAGACCACUGAGGUCACAGCAGGGUCACUGCCUCCAGAAUGUAUGAAACACUUUCUUUGAUUCAUCUUGUGACAUCUGUGUGUUUCUGGGCUUCCGCAAUCAUACCUGUUGGACUAGGGUCAAGUCAUUAAAAUGUAUUUGAAAACAGUUAAUUGGUUAAAUUGGUGACACCUUCAUUAGGCCAUGAUCUGAAGAGGAGUAAGUCAGGAACUUCAAACUGGUCUUUACAUGAUAUUGACAUUGUAUUGGUCAGAAGCAGUGACAUUUUUUUUAUCACCU